AGGGGAGGAGUGAGGAAGGAAAAGAAGAGAGAGAAAAGGGUCCAACUACAAGUUGAGUUUGUGUAUUGUGGAGUUGUGGUGUGUGUGAGGGUGUGGCCACUUGAGGGACAGGAAAACAAACCCAAAUAAUUUCGUUUCUCUUGUGUAAAACUUCUUUCUUUUUCUUAAUUUUUUUUAUGCUCUUUUAUUUCUCAACAAACAAAGAAAAGAAAGAAAGUUAUUAAUGUCAAUAUCUUUGAUCUGAAAAUUUCCCCUUUCUCAUUACAUGCUAUCUGCAACUGCAAUGUCACCAUUUUAGCAACCUUCCCAUUUGGAGAAACCAAACUCCUUCAAAGCACACAUUUUCCCAAGUGCUCCACUACAUUAUCCACUUUCCACCAACACCACCACCACCAACACCACCAUGGCUUCCAAGUCUAAAUCUUCUUUAUCCGAAACUCCCAGCAAAGCAUCGCCGGCGACUCCUAAUAAAGCAUCGCCAGCAACCCCUAGAGUUAGUAAACUAAGCAGGGGAGUUGGAGCUGCUAAAUCAGAAUCUGAUUCACCGUCUCCUUUGCAAAGUUCUCGGCUUUCCAUCGAUCGGUCGCCGCGUUCUGUUGCCGCCAAACCAAGCAUCGAGCGUCGAUCACCAAAACUCACCACCCCACCUGAAAAACAACCGACACGGAUUGCAAAGGGAUCAGAAUUGCAGUCUCAAUUGACUCUUGUUCAGGAAGAUCUAAAGAAAGCCAAGGAACAGAUAGUUUUGGUUGAGAAGGAGAAGGAAAAAGCAAUUGAUGAAUUGAAAGAAGCGCAAAGAAUAGCUGAGGAGGCACAUGAGAAGCUCAGAGAGGCUUUGGUCGCUCAAAAACGAGCUGAAGACAAUUCUGAGAUUGAGAAGUUCCGGGCUGUCGAAUUGGAGCAGGCGGGAAUUGAGGCAGCCCAAGAGAAGGAAGAUGAAUGGCAAAGAGAGCUAGAAGCUGUGAGGAACCAGCAUGCACUUGAUGUGGCUGCUCUUCUCUCUACCACUCAGGAUCUUCAAAGGGUGAAGCAAGAAUUGGCCAUGACAUGUGAUGCAAAAAACCAGGCACUUAGCCAUGCUGAUGAUGCAACUAAGAUUGCGGAGAUUCAUGCUGAAAAGGCAGAGAUUUUAUCAGCUGAAUUGACCCGGUUGAAGGCCUUGCUUGAUACAAAGCUUGAGACAGAGGCUAAUGAAAACAAUAAGGUAGUGUUGAAGCUGAAUGCAGAGAUAGAAUCUCUAAGACAAGAACUCGAAAAAGCAAAAACUUAUGAGGAGAAAGUGAUAGAGAAAGAGGUUUCCAUUGAACAGCUGAAUGUGGAGCUAGAAGCUGCAAAAAUGGCUGAAUCCUAUGCACAUAGUUUGGUAGAAGAGUGGAAACACAAGGUUGAGGAAUUAGAGAUGCGGGUUGAGGAAGCAAAUAAAUUGGAGAUAUCUGCAUCAGAAUCAUUGGAUUCAGUUAUGAAACAACUUGAGGGAAACAAUGAUUUGUUGCAUGAUGCAGAAUCUGAAAUUGCCACUCUUAAAGAAAAGGUAGGUUUGUUGGAAAUUACAAUUGGGCAUCAGAAAGCGGAUAUUGAAGAAUUAGAACAUCAUCUUGAUAUUGCUAAUAAAGGAAAUUCUGAAAGGGAAAAAACGGUUGAGUCACUCAAGUCUGAAUUGGAAACUGUCAAAGAUGAGAAAACCCAGGCUUUAAAUAAUGAGAAACUUGCAGCUUCUAGUGUUCAAACCCUAUUAGAAGAGAAAAACAAACUUAUUAAUGAGUUGGAAAAUUCCAGGGAUGAAGAAGAGAAAAGCAAAAAGGCAAUGGAAAGCUUAGCUUCAGCUUUACAUGAAGUCUCUGCAGAAGCGCGGGAAGCCAAAGAGAAGCUUUUAUCAGUUCAAGCUGAACAUGAUAGUUACGAGUCCCAGAUAGAAGAUCUGAAAUUGGUUGUGAAAGCAACAAAUGAGAAGUAUGAAAGCAUGCUUGAUGAUGCAAAAUAUGAGAUAGAUCAUCUUACAAAAACUAUUGAACAAUCCAAGACUGAAUUCCAAAGUUCCAAGGCUGAGUGGGAGGAAAAAGAACUGCAUCUGAUGCAUUGUGUAAAUCAAUCAGAAGAAGAGAGCUCUUCUAUGGGAAAGGAAAUAAAUCGGCUGGCGAAUUUGCUCAAACAAAGUGAGGAAGAAGCUUGUACUAUGAAGGAGGAAGAAGCCCAGUUGAAGGAUAGCCUUAAGGAAGUUGAAUCCGAAGUGAUCUACUUGCAGGAAGCUCUUGCGGAAGCAAAGACUGAGAACAUGAAAUUGAAGGACAGUUUACUGGACAAAGAAAAUGAGUUGCAGAAUAUUAUGCAAGAAAAUGAGGAGCUCCGAACAAAAGAAGCUACCUCGCUGAAGAAGAUUGAAGAAUUGUCCAAGUUGCUUGAAGAAGCUACGACCAAGAAGAAGGAAACUGAGGAAAAUGGUGAGCUGACAGACAGUGAAAAGGAGUAUGAUUUGCUUCCUAAGGUAGUUGAGUUCUCUGAAGAGAAUGGACACGGAAAAGAUGAGAAACCUAGGAUGGAGCUUCCACCACAUCAAGAUGGGGAACCCAGAAUAGAUGCUUUGCAGCAAGAGAGUACCGUCUUGAAUGAUGAUGUUGGCCAUUUGGGUUCUGCCAAAUCUGAGGUUCUCAACGGGAAAACAAAAGAGGAUGAGAACAAAGUGAAAGAAGAUGAUACAGUAGAAGUAGAAUAUAAAAUGUGGGAGAGCUGCAAGAUUGAAAAGAAAGAGUUCUCACCAGAGAGAGAACCAGAGCAGGAGUCCUUUGAAGAGGAAGUGGAUUCGAAAGUGGAGGGUGGUGAGGGGUUUGAUCAGUUAAAUGGAGUAUCUUUAACAGAGAACAAUGAUGAUGGUGGAAGCUCACCUACAAAGCAGCUGCAGCAAAAGAAGAAGAAGCCUUUACUCCGCAAGUUUGGAAAUCUACUUAAGAAGAAGGGUGCCAACAAUCAGAAAUAGAGAAAAGAAACCAGUUUGGCCUGACUUUUGCCCGACUAGCAGGCAGGUAUAAUAUCACCUAAAUGUGUUUGCUUUUGUUAUUAUUAUUAUUAUUAUUUUUUUCUUGAUUUUCAGAAUAGGUUAAAAAUUGAAGAGGAUUGUAUCAUCUCCAGGGUUUCUAUUUUCUUUUUAUUGUCCCAUUGUGAAUCCUCAUGUUGGGCUUUAUCUUGUAUGUGAUGGAAAUUUUUCUUCCGCCCCUUAAUUUUUUA